AAACUAGACCUUUUUGAAUCGUGACGAUCCUAUUUUGAAUUAUAUUUUUCGUUACAAAACUGUGUUUGGUGACGUGCUUGGAGGAUGCUACUAGGAAUGGGCGAGCUCCAAAUAUGAUACCACGGGACGUGGUCGUAAAAUCAGGGACUCGAUCCGAUGCUUAUGGCGAACGUGCUUGGAAGGGAGGCGGGUAAGUGGUGCUGCACGUAUUCGGUAGAGAUGCUGUUAAACCGGCCAAUUAGUUGUCCGACCGAUUCUCACGAUGAGAGCAGAUCGGUACUGGUUGAGACGAGUCCGACCCCGUGUCUGAUACGUACAAUCAUGGCAGUGCCUACAAGGCUGGCAGCCUAGUUUUAGGUUUGAUUGAUUCGCAAAAAAGAAAAUUCUAGGUUUGAUUGAUUUCAAUGGAUCAAAUCAAGAAGAUGCGCGACGACUUUCAUCUCGACGAGGGUCUCGUGGAGGAGAUCCUCGUCCGCCUGCCGGCCAAAUCCGUCCUCCGCUACCGCGCCGUCUGCAAGGAGUGGCUCCGCAUCACCAAAUGCCCGGCCUUCCUCGCCGAGCACGCGCGCCGCCGGCCGCUCGAGGUGCUCCUGUACACCCGAACGACCGCCGCCGUAACAGACGGCGUCGGCCGGCAGGUGCUGGCCCUGGAUGCCGUCGCCGUCUCCGGUGGGCCGCGCCGUCCUGUCGCGCGCCACCCCUUGAUGGCCGAACCCCGGACCUACAGAAGUAUACAGUACUGCCCUCUGCUGGCCUCGUGCGACGGCCUCCUCCUGCUCGGCGUCGGCGGCAUUGAGCCUGAGCAGUACCUCAUCUGCAACCCUACGACGCGUCAGUGGAGCGACCUCCCGCGGCCGAGCGGCUACGCUGGACGGGAGGAGCACAGGGAGUCCGGCUUCUACUUCCACGAGCCCUCCGGCGAGUACCGCGUCCUGUACUAUGUCAGCGACAGGCAUAGUACUACCGCGUACUACUGCGUGCUGUCGGCCGGCGCCGACGUGCCACGGAGGCUGGCCGUGCAAGCCACGCCCAUAGAGCAGACCGUCGCCUGUCAUGGCGGCCAUGAAUUCGGAAGGUUGCACAACCUGAUGACGCCGGCUGUUCUUCACGGGCACUUGCACUGGCUGCAGCACAUGGAGGCCGGGCUCACCGGCCAGAUGGUGGCCUUCGACACCGUGGCCGAGACGUUCCGGCGGAUGCCUCCUCCGCCCGUCACCUGGAAGAAGAACUCCAACCUGCUCGCCGCGGACGGUUCGCUCAUGACGUGUGAGCCGGGCCAUCUCUUCGUGGACCUCUGGGCGCUCGACGGCUACGCUGGCGCCGCCACCACGGGAAAGGAGAGGUGGGAGCGGCGGCACCGCAUCAAGGUGCCGUGGAAAGCCUACUGGCUGGUUCUCACGGCAGGUGACGACGAAGGGCAUGUUGUCGUCGGCACGAAACUCGGCGUGCUGGCCUACAACGUGAGGAGCGGUGCGGUUAGACUGCUCACCGGCAUCGACGCUUCAGGAGGCGGCCAAGCUGUAGAUCCGUCGCGGCAUGUGUUGAGGGAGAGCCUGGUGCGGCACGACUUCUUCGAGAGGCGGCCGCAUCCUGGCUUGCCGUUCUUCAGCUUCUGUACAUGAGGUGAUGUCCCAUGCGCUUGCCACUCAAAUCAGACGAAAAUGCUGAUGUUUGAGCAGUUGGACUUGCAGAGUAGCUCGCAGUAAAAUAGUUUUGACGGGAUCAGAUGGGAAGUUAGCUUUGCCAAAGUGCUAGAUUUGUCAAAAAUACCUGAGAGCAUGCCUGAAGUUUGAGCAAUAAAAUAUGUUUCUAUAUUCA